CCCAAUUGCAUUAACGACAUGCACACAUCGCAUCACAUCACAUCAACUAAUAUCUCUCAAAUUUUAAUUCCUACUCUUCUAAGGUAAGAAAUUCCAAUAUGCCAUUGCUCAAUGGUUAAGCUUCAAUAGAUCAAUCUUCUAUUGUUUGAAGAUAUAAUACUAAGUCAACAUGCAUAAUUGUGAUCGAUAAGCUGUCAUUUGAGCAAUGUACUUGAGUUGACUAAGAUUAAAUCUCUUAUUUGAGCAAUGUAGUUGAGUUGACUAAGAUUAAAUCUCUUAUUUGAACAAUGCAAUUGAGUUGACUAAGAGAAAUCUGUCAUUAUAUUUGAAGGUUAUUCAAUAUUACUUCUUGCAAUAGUACCAUCAAUGGCUGGAUUCAAUGGGUUUUCUUUCCCCAACAAUUCUUCUUCUCCUUCUCCUUUUUCGAGUGGAUCUUCAUCCAUCAAUCAAACGAACGACGAAGCAACGAUCAAAAAGAUUCUUGAAGCCAUAGAAAUACUAGAGAAAUUAGCCAAAGAUGGUGCAUUUCCUCAACAAAAAUUGGAGGAGAUAAAAAAAGAGCUAGAAAAGAAGUAUCCUAAUAUUUUUAGCACUCAAAACAAUUCUCAAAACCAAGGGAAUAAUAACUCUUCUUCUAAUAGUUCCACAUUUCCUAACUUUUUUCCAAAUAAUUCACCAUUUCCAAAUAGUUACCCUACUUUCUCUCCCAACCUAUUCAAUGAACAAGAGUUUUACAAAAAAUUCAUAGAAGCUCAACAACAACAAAUGAUGUAUAGUAUUCAAGCUCAAAACCAAAUGAGUGAACAACUAAUGAAAAUGUAUGGUGUCACAACAACUGGAUUAACACCUAAUUAUGGUGUUAAUUAUCCAACCUACAAUAAUAUGUAUGGGAAUACGUCAGGAGAUCCACUGAAGAUGGUUUUUCAGAUGAUGGGGAGCAAUAAUCAUGAUCUUACUAGCAACAUUUCUGCUAGCUCAGCUGCCUCAGCAUUUGGAAGUGAUGGUUUAAGUGCCUUUAGUUUCCUUGGCAGUCUCCUUGGUAGUUUUGGCUUGUGAAGUUGUGAUUCGCGCACUUGUUUCCUUGCCAAAUAAUCAUCAGACUUGCUAUUAAUUGACGUUAUUGUUAAGGAGUCUUCUUUAUUUUUAUUUUUGAGUGAAGCAUUGUUAACGAGUUUCAAUUGCCUCUAACUUUACUUCAAGCUAUCCAUCAUAUGUAAUAAUUGAAUAUGUUAUUGUAUUCCAUUUGACAAGUUUAUUAGUUUGA